AUGUCUGCCUCUGCCCUCCCGACAGGCUUUGAAGGAUACAGCAAGCUUGCCGACUCAGUCUACAUCUACCAAUCAACAAGAGAUCCAUCGAAUACCACGAGCACCAUGCCAUCCCUCAUAGUUCUCUGUGCUUGGAUGAACGCGUCGUCCAAGCAUGUGGCCAAAUACACCAGCGGUUACAAGAAGCUGUAUCCCAAAGCCUCAAUCCUCGUCAUUCAGUCAAGACUCGAGGAUGUCUUCGCAAGCGACAAGCUGCAAGCACCCCGGCUGAAAGUAGCCUGCGACAUUGUCUCAAGCCAUAAGAAGUCAGAGAACGCGGGGUCUGUUGUUUUGCACGCGAUGUCGAACGGUGGCGGGGUUGCGGCAGCACGCAUGGGCCAGAUAUUCCACGACCGGGGGCAAACAAGAGUGUUUGACAAGCUUGUGUUGGACUGUCUUCCAGGAAUCUACGAUCUCCGCCAAAUUACGACCGCCGUCUCGAUGAACCACCUCCCCAAGAGCCCGGUAUUGCGAUUUCUGGUCUGGUGGUAUGUCUACUUCCGAAUUGGCUUCUUCUCAUUUCUCGGUUCCUUGAUCGGUAGAGAGGAGGACAUUUCGAAGCUGCGUCGCCGCCUGAACGAUCCAAAGCUGUUCUACACAGGUGCAGCUCGGCUGUACAUGUAUUCAAAGAACGAUGCUCUCAUCCACCAUUGGGCUGUACGUGAGCAUGCGAUGGAGGCUACAAAGCGAGGAUAUCGGACACAGGAAGUCGUGUAUGAGAAAGCAAACCAUUGCGCUCUCCUGAUGGAUGGACCUGAGAAAUACUUCAACGCUAUCAAGGACUUUGUGGAGGAGCAGUGA